AUAGAAUUUCUUCAAUGAUAUCAUAACAAGUAUUUUUGUUGGGUUGGCGACAGUGGGCAAAGUCAGCUGUCAAGUCACAAUAAUAAUUUCGAAUUUUCUCGGUUUUUCACAAAUUGUGACGAUGUUGACAACAAUAAAGACCGUCGGGAGCUGUUUGCGCCGAACUUUGGGGGUCCGUUCCCUUCAAACUGCUUCAACCCUCCAACAUGAAGCAGUUUUCAAUCAUAGAGACACUCCUGAAGACAACCCCGAUAUCCCUUUUGAUUUCACCCCCGAAAACAAGAAGAGAGCUGAUGCCAUUCUUGCAAUUUACCCUGAGGGACAUAAACGAGCCGCGAUGAUCCCCCUUCUUGACUUGGCGCAAAGACAACACGGUUGGCUCCCUAUUUCAGCUAUGCACAAAGUUGCUGAAAUUUUAAACCUGCCAAGGAUGAGAGUGUACGAAGUUGCGACGUUCUACACAAUGUUUAUGCGUAAACCGACAGGAAAGUACCAUAUCCAAGUUUGUACAACAACGCCGUGUUGGCUGAGAGGCUCUGACGAGAUUUUAGACACAAUCAAGUGUAAUUUGAAGUUGGAAGUUGGGGAAACUUCGAGCGAUGGCAUGUUUACACUUUCUGAAGUUGAGUGUCUCGGGGCGUGCGUGAAUGCCCCCAUGAUUCAAGUUAAUGAUGAUUAUUAUGAGGAUUUGACGGCCAAAGAUACGGAAGAGAUUUUGAACGAUUUGAAAAAUAAUAAAAAACCAAAACCUGGCCCCAGGAAUGGCCGUUUUGCUGCUGAGCCAAUUGGCGAGCCAACCUGUCUCGCCGGUGAGCCCCCAGGUCCAGGCUUCGGGGUCCGUUCCGAUCUAUAAUUUGUAUUUAUGUAAAAUAAAAUGAAUAAAAAUAGUUGAAUUGGU